AUGGCUACCAACGAGCAUUAUGACCUCUUAUUCCUGACGGACGCCACGGUGUCUAUGAGCAGCUGCCUUCAAGCUCUCAGCAAGUCUCUUCCAGACAUCAUUCGGCUUUCUGCUCUGACGGACUGCUUCGAUCGGAUUGGAGUCAUGGCCUACCGCGACUACUCUGCCACCACGUUGACCGAAUGGUCAGGAUGGACCUCGGCAAACUCCACGACCUACAACACAAUCACACAGACCGAGCUGCUCCAAAUGGCCAGCAAGAUCAAGGCAGAUUCUGGCUGGAACAAUGUCGAUUGGCCCGAGGCUGCAAAGUCUGGACUCGCCCGAGCCUACAGCGUCAUGCGUCCAGAAGCCAACACCAUCAUCAUCCUCUACGCCGAUGCUCCUCCUCACCUCCCGGGAACCACAACUAAGAACAGAAUUACCGAGAUUGAAAGCCUUUCCAAGCCUGGAACCUUCGACGACUGUGGAAAGCACUUUGUCGAUUGGGUUACUGGCGCCAAGAUCCUUCGCGACAGCGACAAGAAGGCCAAGGUUUUCUCCGUCAUCCAGGGUGGCAUCAGCGACAGCGUUGCCCCCUUCACCUUCCUCUCGCACAUUACGGGGGGAGCCAGCUUCGAGCUCGAUAACCGGCAUUCCGAUAUCUCAACUUCGGAUGCCAUCUCACAGUUGACCACUGGUAUCCUGAUGGCCUGGAUGGGUGUAGGGAAGCACGGCGGUGCAGCAUCCGGCCAGCGGACCUUCGCCAGAGCCUGCCAGUACAAAAGUACCUAUAAAAUUGAGGACAUCAAAAGCGAAGAGGACGAGAAUGUUGAGCAAUACUUUUCUAUUGCUCGCCAUAUGAACUCCACCGUUGAGAGAAACAUUGCGUCGACACCUACCAACCUCGACGACCUGCGAAAAGUUGUCGAAGCUCGGAAGACGCCCCUUCUAGACUUCUCAAAGAGAUACAAGGCUGAUGAAUCCUACCGCAAUCUUGUUGUCAGCCAACUCGAGCCCCUGAUUGUGGCUGAUGUCACCACCAUUGCCAUCAACCCUGUGUUUGGCAGCCUCUGGCGAGCCGUCUGCAACGACCGCGACAACCCAGCUCGUGACGGACUCAUCCAGGCCUUUGGGUACUCUAUCAACCGCAUCCCCGAUCCGGAAAAGAAAGCUCGGAUGAAGGUCUGGCUCGAAGAAUCCUACGACUACGCGGCAGAAAUCCUAGAAGCCAUCGACAAGGUGCCUGAGCACGAGAGGUACCCCUGCGUCUUUCUCGAUCCCACCGAGCAGUUCGAGACCACUGCAGAGGACGGAGAUGAAGACGAGCACGCUGAAAAGCGUGCUGUCACCGAAUUCACACGAGAUGAACUCCUAGAGAUUGGCCGCUCCUGCGACAACCGUAUCCUGCGGAGACUCGGCCGAGUCCUUACACGGCUGACCUACGUGGCCUGCGAAGAGGACCUGCCAGCUCAUAUCAGAGCUGAUUCCAACGUCGCGCGCAUUCCCAUGGCUCUCUCGUCUCCUAUUCACCAGCGAAAGUUUUGGAAGGUUCUCUUGCAUCUCAUACUUCCUGGGACCAUGUUAGCAGCCCGUCCAGCUGCCCUACUUGCAGCCCUUGCCCUGCGACUGGGCAUUCGACCCCUCACGGACACUGCAGAUAGAGAACUACUCACUUUCACUACGAGGUGGAACUCUUUGGACAUUCCGGAGACCUGGAAUGCCAGCUGCCUCUCGCUGCUUCUAGACGCUGACAAGGACUUUGAGAGACGAGUUGCUCGAGGCAUAACACACCGUCCAGCUCCGGAUGUUCACAUUCUCCUUCACAAUGACCGGUGUCUGUUCGAGACUCUGGUAGACUACAAGCUCCUCGAGUUGAACCUAAACACGACUCUUCAGGCCAGGAUUGGCUGGCAACCUGACAAGUCCAAGGUCGCUCUUGGGCCUAUGGUCAUUUGCAAGAGUUGCGAAUUUCCUCGCUCAGUCACCAUCAUGGGACCGGACAGCAUUUGUGGCCUAUGUACUGAGACCUCCCACUGUAGCUGUAAGACCUGUCAGGCUGUCCCAGAUCAAGAAGUCCGACGCUGCACCAACGUGGCUCGCGAUUAUACUGAGGAAACUGAAGCUACGUGGGUCGAAUGUUUCACGCCAACAUGCCGCGCUCAGUACGUCGUCUACAACCCCCAGGCACUGAACGUGCGGGCCAAGUGCUACUACUGCCGACACCAGGGAUCCAACAUCAUCUGGCCAGAGACAUACCGUCCUCACGACCUAGAAAUUUCGACCUUCAAGUGCCCCGCUUGCACAACCAACAGAGUCACCAUCAUCGAUUACGAAACCUCGGCCAAGUUGUUGAGCAGCGAGAACGGCGUUUCGUGGCUCCUUCGGAACGACGAUUCGACAAUAAAGGACCCAUUCAACGGCCGGUCUCUGUUCUACACCAUCUCUCAUGUAGCGGAAUCGGGCCGGGAGUCACUUGCAAAGAACGUCGAGGUCAUCCCAGCAGCUCAGCAGCAGGCACAGCUCACCAUUCGUGGCAAGGCAAUCCACAACCAGGAUAAAAUCUUUGAUUCCCUCCGCACGUGGGUACAGUCUCGACGUACCGAGGCUGGAGUUUGCAGCUUAUGCUUUUCCAACAUCCGGAAGACCGAUAUUCGGAAGGCUUGUGGUCGCUCUGGCUGCCAUCAGCAGAUCUGCAAUGGUUGCAUGAAGGAUUGGUACGGUCUCAAUGUCCGUGGAAGACUACUCAAUCUUGCUGCCCUCUCUUGCCCCUUCUGCCGCCGCCAGCCAACUAUCAAGACCGUCUCUAGGUUUGGUAUAUCCCACAUAGGAGACCUGCAGACGGCGGCCACCGACAGAGAAUGGAUAUACGGCUGGUGCAGAGACUGCGGCUUUGCCCGGAGAUAUGCUGAGCGGGUUUGUGCUACUGGAGCUCCCGAAAUCUCGGACUGGUCAUGCGAUGAGUGCAAGGAGAGCAAGGGUGCCAAGAGGUUAAAGGUGCGCAAGUGCCCCGGUUGCGGCACUCCUACGGAAAAGAUGGGCGGGUGUGACCAUAUUACAUGCACCGUUCCAGGGUGCCAUGCUCAUUGGUGCUUCUUCUGUGGCGAGAAUGUCGGCAUGGAUGAUAUAUACACUCAUAUGAGUGAGGCUCAUGGGGGCAUGUGGGCAGGGGGUGACGAGGACGAGGACGAGGACGAUUAUGGGGACGAAUAG